AUGUCCGGAAUCAACGACUUCCCAGAAAAGUACGACGACCUGCCCGACAAGCGGCGAUACUGGCCCGCACCGGCUGGGUCGCCUGAAGAGGGACUCGGCAUGUUGCGCAUUCUGACGCCCGAGAUCGUGGCCAAAGCGGCGCAGACCCAGAUCCAAACCGGGGAACGAGUAUGUCUGAAUUGGGAUCUUCAGAACUUGAACCCGCCAGGUUUCGGCCGCAAACCCUUUGAGCAUCGCAUUAAAUGGGUGAUGCCGGGUGUUGCUUUCGACGACGAAUACCACUUCAACCCGCAGCAGUCCUCUCAGUGGGAUGGGCUUCGUCACCACAAUGCUCCCGCCCCGACGGCCGAGGACCAGAGCCGACGGGUGUUCUACGGAGGGACUACGGCCGAGGAGAUCCAGGACCCCAAGUCAUCGCGCAUUGGCAUCGGGUACUGGGCUAAGAAGGGCAUUGCUGGUCGAGGCGUGCUGAUCGAUUACCUCUCGUGGGCCGAGAAGAAGGGUAUCUCUGUCAAUGCGCUCAGCCAGCAUGCGGUGCCGCUGGACGACGUGCUGGCGAUCGCGCGCGAGUGCAACAUCGAGUUCCAGCGCGGGGACAUCUUUUUCCUCCGAGUAGGACUACCCAAGACUUGGGGCUCAAUGGAUGAUGCGCAGAAGCUGGCGUACAGCCAGCAGUCGGCGCCCAAGCAUGCCGGCAUCGAGCAGAGCGAGCGCGUGCUGCGGUUCAUGUGGGACAAUCACUUCGCGGCGGUGGCCUCGGACGCGGUCAGCUUCGAGGUCUUUCCACCGUUGAACCCGGAGUUUGAUCUGCAUCACCACCUGCUGACCGGCUGGGGACUUCCGAUUGGAGAGAUGUUCGAUCUCGAUGGAUUGGCGGAAGUGUGCAAGCAGUUGGGGCGGUGGACGUUUUUCGUGUCGAGUAGUCCGUUGAAUCAUGCGCAAGGGGUUUCCAGUCCUCCGAACUGCAUGGCGCUGUUUUAG